CACUCUCAACCCGCCUCGCGACCACGGCGCGACCAUCGUGAGACUGGCCACCUUCAUAUAGCCCCCGUGCCCCCUCUCUCUUUCUCUCUAUCUUGCACGCCAUGGUUCACACUCGCCGCUCCUCCCGCCUGCAGGCCACGCCGCAGCGCGACGAUGCCUCGCACACUCCCGAGCCGUCCACCCCGAAGCCCGUAGCUGCUACGCCCUGCCUGCCCACCCUCGGUGAGUCCGAAGAGCCAGCCGACCAACCCGCCCCCGCCGCAACGCCGCAAGCUUCCAAUCGAGCCGUAACCUUCCUCCAGUCCUUCAUGGCGCGCACUCCCAAGAACCAGACCCUGCUCAAGCCCAGCGGCGAAGAGAUGCACCCGGAACACCACCACCUGAGCACCGCCAAGCCCUUGGACGAGGCGCGCUGGCUGGGCUUCCUCAACAUGGGCGCCCGCACCGAGCCGGCCAAGAAGGGCGCUAGCAAGAUCCCCAUCACUCAAGCCACCCCGACCAAGGCCCAAGAGUCGACGCCGAGCCUGAAGGAGUUCUCCACGCCCGAGUUCAAGUUCCGCUUCCGCCGCCAGUCGUUGGAGCUCAGCCCCGAGGCGCAGAAGCUGAUGGAGGAGAGCAGGCAAGAGGCGAUCAAGAUCCGCGCUCAGAUGAAUGCGAAUCCAGAGGAAUCUGGCGUUGAAACGAAUGAAGACAUUCAGCGCAGAAUUGCGAAGCCAAAGGGCAAAUCGACCAGGUUCAGCGACGUGCACAUGGCGCAGUUCAAGAAGAUGGACUCGAUCGCCAACCAUCCGUCGGCCUUCCGCGCCGACCCCAACAGAAUUAAGGCUGGAAACCCCGCUCUCAAGCGUUCGCCGUCCAAGGCCGAAUUGGACAAGGGCGACAACUCGCCGGCGAAGCUUCCGCGCUCUAGGUCGACGGUCUCUCUGAACAAACCGCAAGAAGACAAGGAGUCUGGUCCCGCGAAGCGUGUCAAACGCGCCGAAGGAGAAGACGCAUCUGCAGCACGCCCCAAGGAGGGUCAGGCCCAAGAUGGCAAUCCGGCUGCACCCAAGAGCGGUAUUCCGCGUUUCGCGUCAAAGUCCAAUCUGAUGACACCUACAAAGGCCACCAUUGCCCGCUCCCAGAGCGUGAAGAGCUUCAAAAAGACCACCAUGAUCCCGAUGCUGUCCCGGUCGCCGUCCGUUCAUAACCUCGGCACUCCUUCCAAGCCCAAGGCCCAAUCUGCAGUCAAGGGCGGUCUCCUCAAGCCGAACCAGACGCUUUCCCGCCUCCCGUCUGUCAAGUCCAUUCUCCGCAGUCCCACCCGCCACUACUCCAAUGACCCGGCCAAGAUUGCUGCGGGCACCCACGUCACGACGCCUCCCGACUUUGCGCAAGAGAUGCCUGAUAUCCCUGCGACUGAGCCGGUGCAAAAGAAGGUCAACUUCUCGGACAGCACUAAUACUAGAAUGGACAUUGACAUGAACGACGCAUCCGAGAAGGAAGACGAGGUUGAGGAGCCUUCUGAGGCCGCAGAGCCUGUAGCGCCCGAAGCACCGGCCGAGAAGCCCGCAGACAUCACGUACCCCCAGCUUCCAUCCUUCGGAUCUCCCUCCCGCACGGCGACCACGGCCGGCGCUCCCGGCCCUGGCGACUUCACCUUCCGCUCGAACCGGUCUAUCUCUUUUGGCGCCGGCCUCAAGGGUGUCAAGGGCCCCACGAUCCGCAAAGUACGCAGCAGUGACGCAGGCGCCACGCUUCCUAAGCCUUUCGACAGCAGCGACAACGCCGUGACGCCGUCGCCCAAGAAGCGCAAGCAGGUCAACAUCCCGGCCGGCAUCGCCGAGAACGAGAAAGAGAACGACGACACUGCUGCCUCGGAGGAAGAAGCUGCCCGUCCCGCCAAGCGCGUGAAGCCCUCUUCUGCGCCGAUUGCGCCGCCGAAGACACCCGCGAAGCCGGCUGCGAGGAAGAGAACGGCUGCGCCUUCGACGGCGAAGCCGGCGGACAAGCGUGGGCGCGCGGCGCUGAGCCAGGCGAGGCUGAACUUGCUGGCGCAGCCGAAGCGCAGGGCUUAGGCUCGUGCGACUGUGCGCGAAAACUCUCGAAGCAUUCAUAGGCGUUUUUGGUGUCGAUUUGUCUGUCUGGCUUUGGAGAGUACCCUACCUAGCGACAUUGAGCACAGCGACCGCGGAACGACGGACGACCAUGAU